AUCACACAGACCUCGUUUUCAUCGUCACUACUACACAGCAGUUUCCGAAGCUACCAAAGCUUAAAAACGCCAUUUUUGCUCCUUUUUAUAUAUAAAUCAGCUCACCGUUUCUUAAUUCUCUCUGGCUAAUUCCUCUCUGUUUCGCUUAUCCAGACCUUGUAAAUCUCUCGCCAUGGCCACCGCUUCUAUUACCGGCGGAUCCAAUGUCAUGACAGCGGCGUUCAAAUCCACCGGAAACUCAUCUACUACAAGAAUUGGCCGCUUUCAGCAAUGGUCUCCGGUUCCUACCGGAGUUUCUCAGCUUCAGUCUUCGCGCAUUAGCCUCUCACGACGCUCGUUUGCUUCUUCUGGAAUUAGAGCACAGGUAGCUACUGCCGAGCAAACAAGCGUUGAAUCGGCGCAGAAGGUGGAAUCUCCGGUGGUGAUAGUAACAGGUGCUUCUAGAGGUAUUGGUAAAGCUGUUGCCCUAGCUUUGGGUAAAUCUGGUUGUAAGGUAUUGGUAAAUUAUGCCAGAUCAUCCAAAGAGGCUGAGGAAGUUUCCAAAGAGAUUGAAGCUUCUGGUGGUCAGGCUCUAACUUUUGGGGGUGAUGUUUCCAAAGAAGCUGAUGUAGAAGCAAUGAUAAAAACUGCUGUCGAUGCAUGGGGAACGGUGGACAUACUAGUGAAUAAUGCAGGAAUUACACGUGAUACAUUGUUGAUGAGAAUGAAGAAAUCUCAGUGGCAAGAGGUUAUUGAUCUCAAUCUUACAGGCGUAUUUCUUUGCACCCAGGCAGCUUCCAAAAUCAUGAUGAAGAAGAGAAAGGGAAGGAUCAUCAACAUAGCAUCAGUUGUGGGUUUGGUUGGCAAUGCUGGGCAAGCCAACUACAGUGCUGCAAAGGCAGGAGUUAUUGGAUUCACAAAGACUGUUGCAAAGGAAUAUGCAAGCCGAAAAAUUAAUGUAAAUGCAAUUGCUCCUGGAUUCAUUGCAUCUGAUAUGACUGCCAAACUCGGGGAUGAUAUUGAAAAGAAAAUAUUGGAGACCAUCCCCUUAGGAAGGUAUGGCCAACCAGAAGAGGUUGCGGGAUUGGUGGAAUUCCUAGCUUUAAGUCCUGCUGCCAGCUACAUUACCGGACAGGUAUUAACCAUUGAUGGAGGAAUGGUUAUGUAAAUUAACCAGGUGUCACGUUUGCAGCAUUCAGAUCGGUAGGUAGUGUCGAGCAAGUUUUCGAGUUUAUAUAGAGUUGUAAUAAAGAAAUGUCUGAAACAACUUUUGAUAGAAUCUCAGUUAAUUAUGUUGCUGAAUCCCAACAAAGUGUUUUUAAGACUUCCUUAACAAAUGAAGAAGGUAGUUUUUGUGUUA